CGAACCCGUCGGACAUGUAAACAAAGGCCCCUUUUUUCUCACGUGCGGGAUUUUUAGGGGGAGAGCGAAGGUGAAACACUAACCACGAGAAGCUGUCCUGGAAUUACGAGGAAAGCGAAAGAGUCUGAGAUUUUGGGUAACAAAAUCACAGCAAAAUAAACAAAAAUGUUGACACCAAAGUUUGAGGUGAAACAAGAUGAAAAGCACAUAAUCAUUACAGUGUUUGCUCCUUAUGCAAGAAUUUCUGAUGCUGAAGUCAAUAUUGAUGAAGAUACAUUCACAUUUUAUUCCUCUCCAUAUUAUCUAAGACUCACCUUCUCAGGGAAGCUGACUGAUAGUGAAUUAGAGAGAUACACAGCUAAGUUCGAUGCUGACCAAGGAGCUUUUGUGAUCCAGUGUGAGAAGCAGGUUCCAGGGGAGCAUUUUACUAACCUGGAUAUGCUGACCACCUUAUUAGCACCUCAAGGAGCAUCAAGUGUUAAGAAACCUCUCAUUGAAGUUGUUGGUG